AAAAGCCAUUCAGUGGACAAACAUAAAAUGUUCAACACGAUCCUUUUCUCCACCUGCUGCAUAAUGCUGGUACUAGUCCAUGGGGCGGACAUAAUCGAUCAAAAAUCCGACUCGAACCCUGACGGUUCCUUUCAGUGGAGUUACGAAACGUCGGACGGUUCCAGUCAGCAACAGGAAGGGCGGGAGGGUCCCGAGGGAGGUCAAGCGAUCCAGGGCGUGGCCCAAUGGUCGGACCCGGCGGGUCACCUCCAUCGGAUCCAGUACGUCGCGGACGAAAAUGGAUUUUUGCCAAAUAGCGACGAUCUGCCGAUCGCUCCCGAAAUUCCAGCGGGAAUUCUUCGGGGGUUGGAGUGGAACUCGGCCCAUCCCGAGGAAGAUAAUUUGUGAAUCGUAGUUGUAUAAACAGAAAAUUGUACAAUAGUGGAAUAUAGAAGUUUUGGAGGA